AGGAUGGUGACUGGGAGGCUGUGCUGGGUACCGCUCCUGCUGGUGCUGGGCGUGGGGAGCGGCAGCGGCGGCGGCGGGGGCAGCCGGCGGCGCCGCCUCCUCGCCUCUAAAGUGAACAAGCACAAGCCAUGGAUUGAGACUUCGUAUCAUGGGGUCAUAACAGAGAACAACGACACAGUCAUUUUGGACCCACCACUUGUCGCCCUGGAUAAAGAUGCACCGGUUCCUUUUGCAGGGGAAAUCUGUGCAUUCAAGAUCCAUGGCCAGGAGCUGCCCUUCGAGGCUGUGGUGCUCAACAAGACAUCAGGAGAGGGCCGGCUCCGCGCCAGGAGCCCCAUCGACUGUGAACUGCAGAAGGAGUACACGUUCAUCAUCCAGGCCUACGACUGUGGCACGGGGCCCCAGGAGACGGCCUGGAAGAAAUCGCACAAGGCCGUGGUCCAUAUCCAGGUGAAGGACGUCAAUGAGUUUGCUCCCACCUUCAAAGAGCCGGCCUACAAGGCUGUCGUGACAGAGGGCAAGAUGUACGACAGCAUCCUGCAGGUGGAGGCUGUCGACGAGGACUGCUCCCCACAGUACAGCCAGAUUUGCAACUAUGAAAUCGUCACAACUGAUGUGCCUUUUGCCAUCGACAGAAACGGCAACGUCAGGAACACAGAGAAGCUGAGCUAUGACAAGCAACGCCAGUAUGAGAUCCUGGUGACCGCCUACGACUGUGGACAGAAGCCUGCAGCGCAGGACACCCUGGUGCAGGUGGACGUAAAGCCAGUUUGCAAGCCUGGCUGGCAAGAUUGGACCAAGAGGAUUGAGUACCAGCCUGGCUCAGGGAGCGUGCCCCUGUUCCCCAGCAUCCACCUGGAGACGUGCGACGGGGCUGUGUCCUCCAUCCAGAUCACCACAGAGCUGCAGACCAACUACAUCGGGAAGGGCUGUGACCGCGAGACCUACUCUGAGAAAUCCCUUCAGAAAUUAUGUGGAGCCUCCUCUGGCAUCAUCGACCUCUUGCCGUCCCCCAGCGCCGCCACCAACUGGACCACAGGGCUGCUGGUGGACAGCAGCGAGAUGAUCUUCAAGUUCGACGGCAGGCAGGGUGCCAAGAUUCCUGACGGGGUUGUACCCAAGAACCUGACGGAUCAGUUCACUAUCACCAUGUGGAUGAAGCACGGCCCCAGCCCUGGCGUGAGAGCUGAGAAGGAAACCAUCCUUUGCAACUCAGAUAAAACCGAAAUGAACCGGCACCACUACGCCCUGUACGUGCACAACUGCCGCCUUGUCUUCCUCUUGCGCAAGGAUUUCGACCAGGCAGACACCUUCCGCCCCGCGGAGUUCCACUGGAAGCCGGACCAGAUUUGUGACAAAGAAUGGCAUUACUAUGUCAUCAAUGUGGAGUUUCCUGUGGUUACCUUAUACAUGGAUGGAGCAACGUAUGAACCGUACCUGGUGACCAACGAUUGGCCCAUUCAUCCAUCUCACAUAGCCAUGCAACUUACGGUCGGCGCUUGUUGGCAAGGAGGAGACGUCACCAAGCCGCGCUUUGCUCAAUUCUUCCAUGGCAGCCUGGCCAGUCUCACCAUCCGCCCUGGCAAAAUGGACAGGCAGAAGGUGGUUUCCUGCCUGCAGGCCUGCAAGGAAGGGCUGGACAUCAAUUCCCUGGAAAGCCUGGGCCAAGGAAUAAAGUAUCAUUUCAACCCCUCGCAGUCUGUCCUGGUGAUGGAAGGUGACGACAUUGGGAACAUCAACCGUGCCCUCCAGAAGGUCUCCUACAUCAACUCCAGGCAGUUCCCAACCGUGGGUGUGCGGCACCUGAAAGUCUCUUCCAAGGUCCAAUGCUUUGGAGAAGAUGUGUGUAUCAGCCUCCCCGACGUGGACGCCUACGUGAUGGUGCUGCAGGCCGUCGAGCCCCAGAUCACCCUCCAUGGCACGGACCGCGUCUGGAGACCCACUGCCCAGUUUGAAAGCGCCAAAGGGGUUACCCUCUUCCCCGACAUCAAGAUUGUGAGCACCUUCGCUAAAACCGAGGCCCCCGGUGACUUGAAGGCCACAGCCCCCAAAUCAAAAGUUUUUGAAGAAAUGCUCCACAACUUAGAUUUCUGUGACAUUUUAGUGCUGGGAGGGGACUUGGACCCCAAACAAGAGUGCUUGGAGCUCAGCCACAGCGAGCUCCACCAGCGACACCUGGACGCCACCAACUCCACGGCCGGCUACUCCAUCUACGGUGUGGGCUCCAUGAGCUGCUAUGAGCAGGUGCUACGUCACAUCCGCUACCGCAACUGGCAUCCAGCUGCCCUGGAGGCCCGGCGGUUCAGGCUCAAGUGCUCGGAACUCAAUGGGCGCUACACCAGCAAUGAGUUCAACUUGGAGGUCAGCGUCCUCCAUGAGGUCAGGGUCUCAGACAAGGAGCACGUCAACCACCUCAUCGUGCAGCCACCCUUCCUCCAGUCUGUCCACCACCCGGAAUCCCAGACUAGCAUCCAGCGCAGUUCAGUGGUCCCGAGCAUUGCCACGGUGGUCAUCAUCAUCUCCGUGUGCAUGCUACUGUUUGUCGUGGCCAUGGGCAUGUACCGGGUCCGGAUCGUCCACCAGCACUUCACCCAGGAGUCUGAGGCUGCCAAGGAAGCCGAGAUGGAUUGGGACGACUCGGCACUUACUAUCACGGUCAACCCCAUGGAGAAACACGGAGCCCCAGCACGUGGGGAAGAUGAGACCGAGGAAGAGGAAGAGGAAGACCUAAGCUCGAGCAGCAGCGACUCCGAGGGCAGUGACGAGGAGUAUGGGGUGGGCAGGGGCGGACACGGGCAGGGCGGAGCCGCGCAAGCGCAGCUGGAGUGGGAUGACUCCACCCUCCCCUACUAG